AUGAGGGCGCAUUCAAUUGUGCGGCCAUCUCACAUUCGGGCCUUUUCAGGUCUUUCCAGAUCAACGCCUGUGAGAUUACCGCGAUCGCAGAGCCAAAAUGUGCUGCGAUGUUCUUCUUCCCCGAUUCCCGUUCUGGGUGUCACCUCUGCGGCUUACUGCCAAAGAACAGCGUUAUCGUUGAAUAGGCAAUGGUGUCAGCAGAGAAAUGCCUCAUCAGCGGCAGCAGCUGUGCUAGAGCAAGCUGCUGCAGACCCAGAAGCUCUCUCUCAAGAUGAGAUUAUUAAAAACUUAGAUCCUAAAGAAUGGGCACGUCUUUCGAAGGUCAGGAAUAUUGGUAUUGCGGCACACAUUGACAGCGGAAAAACAACAGCAACGGAGCGAGUUCUUUUCUACACCGGUCGUAUCAAAUCCAUUCACGAAGUCCGUGGUCGCGAUAGUGUCGGCGCUAAAAUGGACUCGAUGGACCUAGAGCGUGAGAAGGGUAUCACCAUCCAAUCGGCCGCUACAUUCUGUGAUUGGGUAAAAAAGGAGGAUGGAAAAGAGGAGACCUAUCACUUCAACUUGAUUGAUACCCCAGGACAUAUUGAUUUUACCAUCGAAGUCGAAAGAGCACUGCGUGUGCUUGACGGUGCCGUGAUGAUUCUCUGUGCUGUAUCAGGUGUCCAGUCCCAAACUAUUACCGUCGACCGACAAAUGAAGCGUUACAACGUUCCUCGGAUUUCUUUCGUCAACAAAAUGGAUCGCAUGGGUGCCAACCCUUUUAAAUCGAUUGAUCAGAUCAACAAUAAGCUGAAAAUCCCUGCUGCCGCCGUGCAAGUUCCCAUCGGAGCUGAGGAUGAAUUUGAGGGUGUGGUGGAUUUGAUCAGAAUGAAAGCCAUCUACAACGAGGGCCCGCGAGGAGAGACGAUCGUUGAGAAAGACGAAAUCCCAGAGAAAGUCAAGGCCACAGCUGAGGAGAGGAGGAAAAUGCUUAUCGAAACUCUCGCUGAUGUCGACGAUGAGAUUGCAGAGAUCUUCUUAGACGAAAAAGAGCCUACACAAGAGCAAAUAAAGGCUGCUAUUCGUCGGGCUACCAUUUCUCUGAAAUUCACACCUGUGUUCAUGGGCUCUGCAUUGGCUGACAAGUCUAUCCAACCUAUGCUGGACGGUGUAUGCGACUACCUCCCAAAUCCAUCUGAAGUCACCAAUUUAGCAUUGGAUCAAAAACGUAAAGAGGCACAGGUGAAGCUUGUACCAUAUGGUUCACAACCAUUCGUCGGUCUAGCUUUCAAGCUUGAGGAAAGCAACUUUGGUCAACUUACUUACAUCCGUGUUUACCAAGGUACUCUCCGCAAAGGUUCAAAUGUCUUCAAUGCACGAAACGAUAAGAAAAUAAAAGUGCCACGUAUCGUGCGCAUGCACUCCAACGAAAUGGAGGAAGUGCAAGAAAUUGGUGCUGGUGAAAUUUGCGCCGUGUUCGGUGUUGAAUGUGCAUCUGGCGAUACCUUUACUGACGGACAACUUGCCUAUACUAUGUCCUCCAUGUUCGUUCCUGAACCCGUUAUCUCACUCUCUAUCAAACCCAAGAACAACAAAGACUCGGCAAACUUCUCAAAGGCCAUGGCUCGCUUCCAAAGGGAAGAUCCGACCUUCCGCGUCUCUUUUGAUACCGAAAGUGAACAGACGAUCAUUUCUGGAAUGGGUGAACUGCAUCUUGACAUCUACAUUGAACGUAUGCGUCGUGAAUACAAAGUCGACUGUGAAACUGGCCAGCCUCAAGUUGCCUACCGUGAGACCAUCGGCAAUCGAGUGGAAUUCGACCAUUUGUUGAAGAAACAGACCGGAGGUCCUGGUGACUAUGCGCGUGUCGUCGGCUACAUGGAGCCAACGGAAUCACUGGAGCAAAACCAUUUCGAAGAGCAGAUUGUUGGUGGUGCUAUUUCUGAAAAGUUCUUGUUUGCGUGUGAAAAGGGAUUCAACCUCUCAUGUGAGAAGGGUCCUCUUAUCGGACACAGAGUCCUUGGGACAAAAAUGAUUAUCAACGAUGGUGCCACGCACAUGACUGACUCCUCUGAAAUGUCAUUCAAAAAUGCCACCCAACAAGCUUUCCGUAAGGCUUUUAUGGACAGUGGUCCAUCCGUCUUGGAGCCUCUCAUGAAGACUGUUGUCACCGCCCCAAUUGAAUUCCAGGGUGAUGUCAUCGGUCUUCUUAACAAGCGCAAUGCCACUAUCAACGACAGUGAAGUGGGCGUUGAUGAAUUCACUGUCUAUGCUGAUUGCAGUUUGAAUAGCAUGUUUGGUUUCAGUAGCCACCUGCGUGCUGCCACCCAAGGUAAAGGCGAGUAUACCAUGGAAUUCAGUCACUAUGAGAAAGCUCCUGGCCAGUUGCAAAAGGAGCUGAUCCAGAAAUACCUCAAAGCUCAGGCCGAUCGUCACAAGAAGUGA